GUCCUCAUUGAAAAAUGUAAACAUAGGUAAUAAGUAAUAAGUAAUAAGUAUUUUCUUUAAAUAGAUAAGGGAAACCAUGUCAGAUUUCUUAGGACAACAGGUUCAAAUACCUGGAACUCAAGGGGUGGGGUAUUUAAGAUACUUUGGACCAAUUAAGGGGAAAAUUGGUGAGUUUGGUGGGAUAGAAUUAGUUGGAUCAAUAGCCAAAACUCGAGGUAAGAAUUCAGGAUCGGUUGAUAAUGUUCAAUAUUUUUAUGUUAAGGAACCUAUGACUGGAUUAUUUUUACCUCUUGAACGUUUAAUAUCAGUAAAUCCUCAAUUAUCUUCAUUAAGAAGACGGUCAGAUUCUUCAUUAUCACGAAAACUGCCUUUACAAUCUUCAAAUGGACAAAAUCGUCAUAGUCAAAUUCGUGAUAAACUUACAAGGGAGAAUUCUCCAGAUUCUAUCCGAACUUCAUCUCUUCAAUCUCUUCAAUCUCUUCAAUCUCCAAUUCAGAAUCAGAUAAUAGAGAAAGAAAGGCUAGAGUCCGAGCUCCAAAAUAUCAAAUCUAUGUACACUAAAAGUCAACAAGAAAUGAUUGAAAAGAAUGCCAUCUUGAGUAAAUUACAAUCUAUGGUUGAUGAGAUUGAACCUCUCUUAGAAGAAUAUGAAAAGGAUUUACAAGAGAAGGAUAGAAAACUUGCUAAACAGAAAGCUGAAUUUGAUAAGCAACGAGAAGAGUGGCGAUCUACAAUCGAAUUAAUGACAACAUCUCAACAAGAAAGUGAGAUAUUCUAUGAGAAUAAACUUAUUGAAUUACAACAUCAAAAUGAAUCUAUAUCGAAUCUGAAUAAUCAUAAUCCAACUAAUCAAGAUAUGGUACGAGAUUUACAAUAUAGUUUAACAGAAAAAGAGUUGGCAAACAAUCAACUAAAGAAACAAAUAGAAAAAUUAACAGUAGAAAAUGAGCAACUUCACAGAGAUGUAACCAAAUUAAACAAUGAGAAUGUCGAACUAAAUGAAAAAAUAUCUCAAUUACAAAUAACUCAAUCAACAAAAAGUAUCCUCACUGUUGAAGAUACUUUAUCGCGACAAUUUGGGUCUAUCAAUGUAACCGAUCAGAAUAUGGAUGCGAAAGUAAUUGGAAAUGGAAAUUUACCCCGCGCGACUUAUGACACUUCAAUCGCCGAGAUCCCCAUUUACACUCCUAAUACCAAACCAGAUCCAUCAUCAGGUCGAAGUAAUUGGUGUGGAUUAUGUGAACGAGAGGGUCAUAGCAGUAUAGAAUGUCCGUUCGAAAAUGACAAUGAGAUGUUUUAGGCUUUAUCAUCACAUGGUAAGAAUUAGUUCUUACUUACACUCACAUGCAUGCCAACAAUAUGUAGAACAAUAACUGUAUUUAUUUGUAAAUAUAUAUUUAAUAAAUAGGAACGAUUGGAACCUAUUUG